CACUGAGAUUAUCAUGGUGUUGUACCGUAUAAUAUCGCAGAGCGUGAUUCAUCCGCACCUUUCGGCCUUUGACGUCACUCCGCACUUGACAUGGAAGAAUUCUUUGUCGCUCUAGAUUCACGCCAGAGCCUUCCUCCACGAAUCGUGCUAAACCUAUGAUUAGAGAUCUUGGAUUCACCAUUUUGUAUCAAUUCCAACGACCGCACAUGGGGGCGCCCCCACCGUCAGCUUGGUCGUGAAACUGGGUUUGAUCGCCGGUUCCGAUUCUCGGCACUUGAGAGACGAGGAGCCCAUAAAUGAAACCCAUUCAUCCAUCCAAUGUUUCAUCGUCCGCCGGGCUGUGGUUUUGUGGUGUAAUCAACCAUCAUGUUUCCAAAACCCUCAACCCUGCGUGAGCCUUCGAGACACGGAAAAUCUGGGUGUAUGUUGAAAGUGGUGGCUGUUCCUUUGAUGUGGGUUAUUUCCGGAGGGUUCAGCUGGAUUUUCAAGUAGCUAACUUGUCAAGUGGGUUUAUGGACAUGCCAGGUAUUCAAUCGGCGAGAUUUCAAUGCAUUUUAGUUUUGUUCCAUCUUAUGGGCGGGGGAAAAACCCUAAUAUUUGUGAGAUAAGCGUUCAUUUCGUGAGGUUGGUUUGACAACGAGUGAAGUCGGUUUCUUUUGAAGCUUGCUAUGGAAAACUGGGAGCUGCAUAGAUUGCAAAGCAUCUGCCCUUCAGUCGGAUUUGUGGAAGUCAUUCGUGCAGUCAGUAGUGUUCUGUGGGUUGCUCUUUCGCCAUGCGCGCUGCCGUAAUUAAGCUGCUGUGGACCGUCAAUUGGGAAGAAGUGGGUUUCCUUAUUAACAAUGGUGGGGAGAAUGCCAUCGAUCCGAGCGCCUCUCGCGCUCACGUCCUUUCUCCUAAGCCUUUCUGGAAAACCCAGUACCUGCGUUAGGUCUGGACUCGCAGCGAACUCUCGACCUUGGUUUGGAUCGAUCGCUGGUAGAAAUCGGGUUUUGGCAAAUGCACCGUGGUGGGGCGGUAAAGCAGAACUCUCUACUGAUAAUUCAGUUGUGUCGGGUGGGAAAGAAGAGAAUGUGGAUCUGAAACAAUAUCCACCUCACCUGAUUCGCAAUUUCUCUAUCAUUGCGCAUGUUGAUCAUGGAAAGUCGACGUUAGCAGACAGGCUGCUGGAGCUCACAGGCACCAUUCGCAAGGGCCAUGGACAGCCUCAAUUUUUAGACAAAUUGCAGGUCGAGAGAGAGAGAGGAAUCACAGUCAAAGCACAGACUGCGACAAUGUUUUACAACUAUAGGUCAAAGAAGACAGGGGGUGCAAAUGAGCGGUUUCUUCUCAAUUUGAUUGACACUCCUGGCCAUGUGGACUUCAGUUAUGAGGUCUCCAGGUCUUUGGCAGCUUGUCAAGGUGUCCUCCUCCUCGUGGAUGCAGCUCAGGGUGUGCAAGCGCAGACUGUUGCGAAUUUCUAUUUGGCUUUUGAAUCCGAUCUGGCCAUCAUUCCAGUUAUCAACAAAAUUGAUCAAAUUAACGCUGAUCCUGAGGGCGUCAAGUCGCAAUUGAAACAAAUUUUUGACAUUGAUCCCGAAAGCGUUCUUCUUACAUCAGCUAAAACAGGACUAGGGCUGGAGAACAUUCUGCCUGCUGUAAUUGAGCGAAUACCGCAACCUAAAGGACUGGUUGAUGCAUCUCUCCGCAUGCUGUUGCUUGAUUCUUACUACGAUGAAUACAGAGGUGUUAUAUGUCAUGUUGCGGUUGUCGACGGAGUUUUGAAGCGAGGAGAUAAGAUCGAAUCAGCUGCCACUCGGCAGAGCUACGAGAUCAUGGAAGUUGGCAUCUUGUAUCCCGAGCUAACCAACACAGGAAUAUUAUUGACGGGUCAAGUUGGAUAUGUGGUUACUGGCAUGCGCUCUACCAAGGAGGCCCGUAUAGGAGACACUUUGUUUCAUACGCGUAGUGUCGUUGAGCCCCUUCCAGGUUUUAAGCCAGCAAGGCACAUGGUAUUUGCUGGAGUGUAUCCUGCGGAUGGCUCAGAUUACGAGGCUCUUAGUUCUGCAGUUGAACGCUUAACUUGCAAUGACGCAAGCGUUUCAAUUGCAAAAGAAACUAGUGGGGCUCUCGGGAUUGGAUUCAGGUGUGGCUUCCUUGGUCUUCUUCACAUGGAUGUGUUUCAUCAGCGUCUAGAGCAGGAGCAUGGAGCUCAAGUAAUCACAACCACCCCAACUGUCCCUUACAUUUUUGAGUACUCGGAUGGGAGCAAGUUGACUAUCCAAAAUCCAGCUGCAUUGCCAUCUAAUCCUAAAUCAAGACUUGUGGCAUGCUAUGAGCCAACAGUGAUGGCCACUAUAAUCACCCCCAGUGAGCAACGAGCAAUGCUCAAAUACCGUAUGCCGCUGCGUGAAGUUGUAAUUGAUUUUUACAAUGAGUUGAAAAGUAUUACUUCGGGCUACGCCUCGUUUGAUUACGAAGAAGCUCCGUAUCAAGAAUCAGAUUUGGUAAAGCUUGAUAUUCUGUUAAAUGGGCAACCUGUGGACGCACUGGCGAGCAUUUGCCACCGCAGUAAGGCUCAUUAUGUUGGUCGGGAGCUUUGUGAGAAACUUAAGAAAGUUCUCGACAGGCAAAUGUUUGAAGUGGCCAUUCAGGCUGCUAUCGGCGCCAAAGUAGUUGCUCGUGAGACACUGCCUGCUUUGAGGAAGAAUGUGCUGGCUAAGUGUUACGGAGGAGAUGUGAGCCGCAAGAGAAAACUUCUGGAGAAACAAAAGGAAGGCAAGAAACGGAUGAAGCGAGUAGGUAACGUGGACAUCCCGCAAGAAGCUUUCCACUCGCUACUCAAAACUGGUAAUUAAUAAGCUUGAGAGGUGUCUUAUCGUAACCACUUGUAGUUUAACACCUUCAAACAAUUCAGUUUUCACUACUUUUACAUUUCUCGAAUUUCAGAUUCAAACAACUCUUCAUUUAGUCCACUCAUCAGAACUUCACAUUUCCUUCAUUAUGUCCUUCAUUCCACUUUUCAACCAGUGUUAAUUUAAUAAAUUAAGGACGUCUGAUAGCAAGCAUGGCCACAUUUGAAAGCACUUUAGGAUCUUGAUGGUCAAGGUAAAACUUUAGAUGACAGUCCUAUACUCAACCUCAUGUUGCAAAACAUAGCUAAAAUCAAAUUUACGUCGUAGCUGAACCAUUUAUAAAGAACGUGAUGCUCUGUUGUUCCCUGUUUCUACAUAUCCUUUUUUCAA